AUGGCCGCAUUAGAGUGUUUACGGGAUAUCGGACUUGAAGAUGAACUCCUCAAUCUCUCCUCCAGUGGAGACCACCAUAUGGUCCAUACGCGAUGGUGCCAUAGCAUGGCUGGAGCGGAAUAUGCGCGGAUCUAUUCAUGGGGCAAUGAUCCCAAGCGAAAGGGAGACUACGAAACCGCCAGCCCCUGCUCCCCCAUCGACCUUCCGCAAACCCUCCUCGAGCCCAUCCUCGUGCGCCACGCCACGAAGAACGGCUUCUCAGUCCGCUUCAACACAUUUCUUACCUCUUUUGCUGUAGAUAAUCCCCAAAAGGGGCUCAUCACAGCUACAGUGCACGACAACUUGACCAACAUAGCCUACAAGAUCCAAACAGACUACCUCUUCGGCGCAGACGGUGCCAGAAGCCAGGUCGUCAAGCAGCUCGAUCUCCCCUUGACCAAGAAGCCCGGACAGGGUCUCGCAAUCAACGUGCUCGUCAAGGCAGAUCUGAGCCAUUUGGUACAGUACCGCACCGGGAAUCUGCACUGGGUCAUGCAGCCCGACAAGAACCAUCCGGACUUCGGAUGGAUGGCGAUAGUGCGCAUGGUCAAGCCGUGGACUGAGUGGAUGUUUAUCCUUUUCCCGGACCGGGAGUGCAGUAAUGCCCGGGAACUGAACCCAGGAAAACAAGAGUGUCUUGCUCGGGUACGGGAGUUUAUUGGUGAUGAGACCCCGGCGGAAAUACUGGAUGUGUCGAAGUGGGUGAUUAAUGAGACUGUUGCGGAGAGAUUCUGUCUCGGCGAUGCAGUUCACAGACACCCGCCUCUCAACGGCCUAGGCUCGAAUACAUGCAUCCAAGACGCAUUCAACCUCGCCUGGAAAAUCGCCUACGUGCACCGCGGUCUUGCACGCCCAUCCCUACUAGACAGUUUCUCAGAGGAGAGACAGCCAGUCGGACAAUCAGUCAUUGCGCGUGCGAAUCAGGCGCUGCGGGAUCAUGUCCAGAUAUGGGACGCGCUGGGGCUUCUUUCCGGGGAUGUUUCGACUCGACAGGAGAUACUGCGGGAAUUGGAGAGUGCGACGGCGGAGGGAAGCGAGCGUCGGCGCAAACUGCGAGAAGGAAUUCUGCAUACGGCGCAUGAGUUUCAUGGUCUGGGCGUUGAAAUGAAUCAGCAUUAUACCAGCCAGGCAAUCUACACCGCUGAUGAGACGUAUCCCUACAAGCUUGAGGGUCGUGCGGCUGACGAUGAGGUGUUAUAUCAUGAGCCCGGCACGUAUCCGGGAUGUCGACUGCCGCAUGUGUGGUUGAACAAAGCCGUUCCUACUCAACCGAUCUCGACGAUCGAUCUAGCCGGGCAUGGUGCGUUUAUAUUGUUCACGGGGAUUGGUGGUGCGCAGAAUUGGCGAGAUGCAGCAGCGAGGGUUUCAACGUCUUUGGGUGUUGCGAUUGGAGUGCAUUCGCUUGGAUUCCGCCAGGACUGGGAGGAUGUUUAUUACGAUUGGGAGUCAGUGCGUGGAGUGCAGGAGUCGGGAGCUGUCUUGGUACGUCCGGAUCGGGUGGUGGCAUGGCGAGCUGAGAGAGUGCCGGGGGAUGGGGAGGCAUGUGAGAGGAAGUUGCGCAGUGUGAUGGACUCGGUUCUUGGUCUUUCACGGUGA